CCCCGCAGCGCCCGGGUGAAGUUGAGUGAGUCACUCGCGCGCAAGGACCGACGACACCCCCGCGCGCGCACACACUCGGGGCAGGAGCCGGCCUCCUGCGCAGCUCCCCUCGGCCGCCGGGGGCCUCCCCGCGCCUCGCCGGCCUCCAGGCUCCCUCCUCGCGGGCGAGCGGGCGCCACAUCUGGCCCGCACCUCUGCCCGGCCGGCCCGGCGCGAGGUCCCGACAGGGCGCGGCGCGGAGGCGCAGCCAGGGGUCCGGGAAGGCGCCGCCUGCUGCGCUCGGGGCUCGGUCUAUGACGAGCGGCGGGGUCUGCCAUGGGUCGGGGGCUGCUCAGGGGCCUGUGGCCGCUGCACAUCGUCCUGUGGACGCGCAUCGCCAGCACGAUCCCACCGCACGUUCAGAAGUCGGUUAAUAAUGACAUGAUGGUCACUGACAACAAUGGUGCAGUCAAGUUUUCACAACUGUGUAAAUUUUGUGAUGUGAGAUUUUCCACUUGUGACAACCAGAAGUCCUGCACAAGCAACUGCAGCAUCACGUCCAUCUGCGAGAAACCGCACGAAGUCUGUGUGGCUGUGUGGAGAAAGAAUGAUGAAAACAUAACACUAGAGACGGUUUGCCACGACCCCAAGCUCCCCUACCAUGGAUUUAUUCUGGAAGAUGCUGCUUCUUCAAAGUGUAUUAUGAAAGAAAAAAAGGGGUUUGGCGAGACUUUCUUUAUGUGCUCCUGUAGCACUGAUGAGUGCAAUGACAUCAUCAUCUUCUCAGAAGACUAUAACAACAGCAAUCCCGACUUGUUGUUAGUCAUCUUCCAAGUGACAGGCGUCAGCCUCCUGCCGCCGCUAGGAAUCGCCAUAGCUGUCAUCAUCACCUUCUACUGCUACCGCGUUAACCGGCAGCAGAAGCUGAGCCCGUCCUGGGAAACCAGCAAGCCUCGGAAGCUCAUGGAGUUCAGCGAUAACUGCGCCAUCAUUCUGGAAGACGACCGCUCCGACAUCAGCUCCACGUGCGCCAACAACAUCAACCACAACACAGAGCUGCUGCCCAUUGAGCUGGACACCCUGGUGGGGAAAGGUCGCUUCGCUGAAGUCUACAAGGCCAAGCUGAAGCAGAACACUUCGGAGCAGUUCGAGACCGUGGCCGUCAAGAUCUUCCCCUACGAGGAGUACGCCUCUUGGAAGACGGAGAAGGACAUUUUCUCGGACAUCAACCUGAAGCAUGAGAACAUACUCCAGUUUCUGACGGCUGAGGAGCGGAAGACUGAGUUGGGGAAACAGUAUUGGCUGAUCACUGCUUUCCACGCCAAGGGCAACCUGCAGGAGUACCUGACGCGUCAUGUCAUCAGCUGGGAGGACCUGCGCAAGCUGGGCAGCUCCCUGGCCCGGGGCAUUGCUCACCUUCAUAGUGACCACACCCCUUGUGGGAGGCCCAAAAUGCCCAUCGUGCACAGGGACCUCAAGAGCUCCAAUAUCCUUGUGAAGAAUGACCUGACCUGCUGUCUGUGUGACUUUGGGCUUUCCCUGCGUUUGGACCCUACUCUGUCUGUGGAUGACCUGGCUAACAGUGGGCAGGUGGGAACUGCAAGAUACAUGGCCCCAGAAGUCCUAGAAUCUAGGAUGAAUUUGGAGAAUGUUGAGUCCUUCAAGCAGACCGAUGUCUACUCCAUGGCUCUGGUACUCUGGGAAAUGACGUCUCGUUGUAAUGCGGUGGGAGAAGUGAAAGAUUAUGAGCCCCCAUUUGGUUCUAAGGUGCGGGAGCACCCCUGUGUGGAAAGCAUGAAGGACAACGUGUUGAGAGAUCGAGGACGACCAGAAAUUCCCAGCUUCUGGCUCAACCACCAGGGCAUCCAGAUGGUAUGUGAGACGCUGACCGAGUGCUGGGACCACGACCCAGAGGCCCGUCUCACAGCCCAGUGUGUGGCAGAACGCUUCAGCGAGCUGGAGCAUCUAGACAGACUCUCGGGGAGGAGCUGCUCUGAGGAGAAGAUUCCCGAAGAUGGCUCACUGAACACUACCAAAUAGCUCUUCUAGGGCAGGCCGGGCCAAGUCCAAAGAGGCCUCCUCUCUCGCCAAAGAACAGAGACAGCAGGAAGCUGUCCCUGAACUGAUGCUUCCUGGAAAACCAAGGAGUCGCUCCCCUCCCGGUAGCUGUGGCAAUGAACAGAAGCAGCAGCAGCAGGGAGUGGGUGACAUAAAGCAUUCUUUGCCUUUGACAUUGUCAUAGGAUAAGCUGUGUUAGCACUUCCUCAGGAAAUAAGAUUGAUUUUUACAAUAGCCAAUAACAUUUGCACUUUAUUAAUGCCUGUAUAUAAAUAUGGAAUAGCUAUGUUUUAUAUAUAUCUAUAUAUGUCUAUAUCUAUAAAUAUAGCCAUACUCUGAAAAGAGACAAGGAAAAAGAUCAAAUAUUCCCAGGAAAUUGGUUUUAUUGGAGAGCUCCAGAACCCAGCAGAGAAGGAAGGGAUCCGUGACAGCAUUAGCACUUGACAAUCACACAUGCGUUGGUUCUCUGACUAUAGGACGGAGGGACUUUGCACUAGGAGAGAGGCUCAAUGUCUCAGAGCCUGCUAUGGCCACCUUGCACUCGCUUUUGCAAAAUUAUAAUUCUCUGCAUGGCCAUGGAGCUAAUAAUCGCACUGUUUGGGGACCAGUUUUCCUGGGAUUCCUGGGUGCAGUUGUUUCUCCUGGAAUUUUCACUUGAGCUCCAAGCCCCACAUCUGAUUUGUGAACCACCUGCCUCAACCCAGUUCAGAAACAAACCGCCCCAUCUCUAAUAGCUUAAGUGUUUUGACCCCCAUUUUUUACCUUCACAGGCUGCAGAAAAAUCAGAAGGGCAAAUUUCACCACCCAAGAAAUUGCCACACCACUUACUAAUAAGAGAUUGUUCUUCUUUCCAUAUUCCCCCUGUGUCUUUGUUACUAUUUUCCAGUCCCAGCAUUCAUCCUUUCCUAACAGGGAAUCCCUCUGGGGUUCACUGUGUUUAAUUUUUCAUCCCUCUGUGCUUGAGUCUCUAGCUUUCUAUGCAAACACUAAUGGGUUCCUUCUUUCUCGGCUCCUGAAGGCUCAAGCACAUUUGGCCUAGUGGAAAGGAUUUGAAUUGCUCAGUAUUGCCACUGUCCGGGCUGUGUCCUCAGGCACUCUGAACAUAGGUUUUGCUUGGCCAGCACAGCAUUUUAAAAAGUUUAGCCACUUUUUAAAUAUUUGGAGAUUUUAUAGAAAAAUCUGGAUCCCCAGGCAAGGAUAGCAGAUGGUUUCCAGUUCUCUCCAAUCCACAUCAUUCACAAAAUGAAGGUGUGGACACACUUAGAAAGCUGUUUCACUUUUUGCUGUAAACAUUUGCUCUUUCCAUAACCCACCCCACUCCAGUCUGGAAAUUAAACCUGCUCCUAACCAAAGUUCCUUAUAAGAAAUGUGCUUUCAAGCAGUCAUUCUCCAGCUAGGUAACAUGAUUUUGAAUACCUUAGCUUGUGUUAAGAAGAUUUGAAGUUGGCCUUUUAUUGAACUAAAGAGGACCUCCUUUAUGAGGUCCCGAUUAACACAAGUUUCUUUGCCUUCUGCAUUAGGGAGAGUAGCUCUUUACUGCAAGAAGUUUUCAUCAUGGUUACCAAUCUCCCCAUCGUGCCAGCCUUCCCAACUUUGCAAAAAUGCUAGCAAGGGCUUAAACGUGGGAUACAAGAAUCCCAUUUGCAGUUAGGAAGUCUGUGUCCGCAGAGGCAAGUACAAAGAAUGAGCUUUAAUUCUCCAUAGGAAACUUGUUAAUCCACAAACAAGUGUUAAUGCCAUUCAACAUUAAAUAAAUUAAUUCAUUCAUUAAAGAUAUUUUUGAAGCUACUUAUUUACAGCCAAAUAGGAAUAUUAGAGAAAAACUAGCAGUCGGCAAAUCAGCUCAAUUUGGAUUUUGGAAGGUCUCCUCUCACUGAUGUUUUAGGAUACAUGCUGAAGUUUGGGAUUAGGUGGAACCUCUAGGCACUCUGCUCAGGCUGAAAGUGAAUGACAGUUUGGAAGCACGUAGAAAUUCCACUUGCACCUUAGGGCUUGCUGAUGCCCUCCCAAUAGCUGUUGCUCAUUGACCUCUAGUGGUGAAUUUCUAGAAUACUGGCCCAUUAAAGGGAUCUUCCAAGAGUCAAGAGUAUUAUCACUUCUAGGUCAUCAUCAGCCUAAACUGGAAUGUAGUGUCAGAUGAUACUGUGGCUUGUUUUAUGUUUUUUUUCUUUUCUUAUUCAAGAAAAAGACCAAGGAAUAACAUUCUGUAGUUCCUAAAAAUUGACUUUUUUUUUUACUACUACACACAAAAAGAAAGUUUUAUUCUUUUAUGGAACACUUCAGCCAUACUCAUGUAUUAAAAUAGGAAUGUGAAUGCUAUAUUCCCUUUUUGUAUCAAAAGUCCCAAGCACUUAUUUUCAU